UGGACCAGGACGAUAUGGACUACCCCCUGCCAUUGGGUUUGUGGGCCAUGAUCUUACCAAGCACAUGAAUCCAGCUUACACUUUUGGGAGAAAACACAGCAGUGCAUUGUAUUACAACAACUGCAGUCCAGGACCUCGGUACCAUAUUGAUCCCAAGAUCACUCGCUUCGGCAGAAAUGGAACUCCAUCAUACUCCAUGUCAGGUCGAGUGAAAACCUGUGAUUUUUCCCAGAUGCCAGGAACACCUGGACCAGGUGCAUAUAAUCCAGAAAAUACGCCCCACCUCAACGAACACAGAUCACCAGCUUACUCAAUGGGAUCACGAACUAGGUACCGCAAGUUGGACACAGUGCCUGCUCCUAAUAGCUACACGCUUCCAUCGCUAAUGGGGCCAAAGGUUCCUACCAAGCCCUCCAGUGCUAGUUUUUCAGUUACUGGGAGAACGAGAAGAGACGAUCUCUCCAGAACCCCAGGGCCUGGCAGGUACAAUCGCACUGACCCUAAUGUUUACCUACCCAAACAGCCAGCUUACUCAAUGCUGGGUCGACAUGAUUUGCCCACUUAUUAUACCCAGAAGCCAGGACCUGGAGCACACAGUCCUGAAAAAGUGACCAUCAAUAAACCUGGUGUCCCUGCAUUUUCUCUGGGAAUGAGGCACUCCGAAUUUGUGACCCCACUUAUCAUUGACAUUUCAGAUUGACUUCAAGCUCAGUAGCUAACAGCAGAAACUUUAAAGCUUAAUUCUCGUUUGAAAUCUGUGUUUGUUUUAAAAUUCUGUAAACCAAUAAAGCUAAUAUCUAAUUUUUA